CGCAGGUAGUAGUACAACAGCCAUGCUGCAGCAGCUCGAUCUCGCGGCCGACGCCGAGGCCCGCUUGCAGGAGCUAUUGGCGCCGACGCUUCGCUUGCCGUCGACGCAGGACCAGUUCCGCACGGGGCGUCGGACGCUCAAGAAGAUCGAGAAGGCGUACGACACCUUGACCGCGCUCGGCGUACCCUUUGCGCUCAUCGAAGAAGGGCUCGCGCACGCCAACGACGCCGCCGGCGCGCUCCGCUACAUCUGCUUGUACCACUCGAGCAGCGACCUGCCGCCGCGCUUCCGUGCCAACGUGCCCAAGCCGCCGGCCGACGAUGCUGUCUUGGAAGUCGUCGCUGCUCCACCGCGGCCCAUGGACCUGGACGCAGCGAUCGCAACGCCGGUCGUCGCUGCGCCCAUCAUCGACGCAGCAAGCCUUGCUGAGACACAGGCCAAGGAGGAUGCGGACCGGGCAAAAGAGUGGACGCGCCGGUACAUGGAAGCGCAAGCCAACAGCGACAAGGAGGACGACGAAGAUGACGAGAGUCAACUGUCGCCCGAGGCGCGCAUGUGGAAGCUCGAAGUGGCCUGCGCAAAGAGCGUUGUCGACGCGCAGCGUGCCAAGCGCGACGGCGGCGAUGCGAAGCGAUGGAAUGCCGAGAUCGCACGCCUCCGACGCGAGAUGCGCGAGCUCGAGCUGUACGUGGACCGUGCCAAGAUGGCGCCCGUGCCCACGUUCGAGCUGGACGACGCUGCGACGGCGCCACCGCCGGCCACGGCUGCGACGGCAACGACAAGUGCAGACAACGACGACGACGACAACGACGACGACGACGACGACGACGAGGGCGGUGGUUUGUUUGGCAUGCUCGAAGAGAGCGCGCCCGUGGCGGCCAUCGUGCCGACAGCUGCUGUUGUCACCUCCGUGCUCGCCCCCAUCGACACCAACAUUGGUGGCAAGUGGACGGGCAAGUCACCGCGCGUGCAGCUGCAAGACUACUGCCGCAAGCAAAAGUGGCCCACACCCGCGUUUACGCAAGACAAGACGGCCGGCAAGUUUAGCUUCUCUGUCUCGUUGACGCCAAGCGCCAAAGCCAAGUCGAAAGCGGUCGCCAAGGUCGUUUCGCUGCCCGGAGUCUUGUACGCGACGAUGGACGGUGCGAAAGACGCCGUGGCAACGCGCGCGCUGUACGAGCUGGCGCCCCACUUGCCGCUGCACCGAGGCUUCCCGCCCUUCUUCCGCGACAUGUGGCUCGACUGGGAGCGCGUCAAGGACGACGCCAAGGCAGCGGCGCAGUCGGCGUCGCGGUCAUCCAAAGACGCCAUUGUCCAAGCACUCUUUCGUCUUUGCAAGGACGAGAGUGCAGUCGACGCAUCGGACAAAACGACCGUUCGCACGACGCCGCCGCCGCCGGUACCCGCCGUUGUCCUCGACUCGUGGGACGACGACGACGACGAGGAUGCUGCAAGCGGUGCCGUCGCAAACGACUGGGAAGCGGCUGUUGCUUUGCCAGUGACACCACUCGUCGAUGAACGUCUCCGGGCGCAAUGGCGGGACCGUGUCCAGAGCGCCAAGUACCAGAGCUUUGUGGCGAGCCGCAAUGCGCUGCCGAUGGCGGCGUACCGAACGCAGAUCCGCGACGCUCUCCAGUCGCACUCAGUCGUGCUCAUCUCGGGCGAGACAGGCUGCGGCAAGAGUACGCAAGUGCCGCACUUCCUCCUCGACGACCUCCUCUCAGCCGGCCACGCGUCGGGCUCGAUCAUCUGCACGCAGCCGCGCCGCAUCGCUGCGAUCGGUGUCGCCGAGCGUGUUGCGAACGAAGUUGGCGAGGUCGUCGGGAAAGGCUACGUCGGGUACAGCAUUCGCCUCGAGCAGCGCAAGAGCGCGCAGUGCAAGCUCCUCUUUUGCACGACCGGCAUCCUCUUGCGGCAGCUGCAGUCCAACAUGCACCUCGACGGCGUCAGUCACGUCAUCGUCGACGAGAUCCACGAGCGCGACGUCCAAAGCGAUGUCUUGCUCGCGCUCCUCCGGCGACUGCUCCGGCGCGGCGCGCAGCUCAAAAUCGUGCUCAUGAGUGCGACGCUCAACGCCGCGCAGUUCCAGCGCUACUUUGACGACUGCCCGCUCCUCCAAGUGCCCGGUCGGCUCUUCCCCGUCGAAGUCCGGUAUCUCGAAGACGUCUUGGAAGCCACUGGACACAUUGUCCACGACGGGUCCAAGUACUGCAAGCCGGACGGGCAUUUUACGCAGCAGUCCAAGGUGUCGGUAUCGAGCCGCGGCGGCAACGUCAACCAAGUGACGCUGUCGUGGUCGACGCGUGACGUGGCGCCGACGUCGUGGGCAGAUGACAGUGGCCUCGACGCCGUAGACGGGUACUCGGCGCGGACGCGCGAGAUGCUUGCAAAGAUCGAUGCGGCCGUCAUCAACUACGAGCUUAUUGAAGACCUUGUCGCGCACAUUCUAUCCUCGCCCGACCACGAUGGCGCGAUCUUGGUGUUUCUAAGCGGCCGCGGCGAGAUCCGCGCGCUCUUGGAGCAGCUCGAUGGCAACCGCGAGAUUGCCACCCGCUGCGUGCUCCUGCCGCUGCACGCGUCGCUCUCAUCGUCCGAGCAGCAGCGUAUUUUCCAGUCGUACCCGCGCAAGACCAAGGUCAUUGUGAGCACGAACCUCGCCGAGACGUCGCUGACCAUCGACGACGUCACGGUCGUCAUUGACGCCGGCCGCGUCAAGCAGAUGCGGCACGACGUCAAGACGCAGACGUCGUCGCUCACCGAAGUGUGGAUCGCCAAGGCCAACGCCAACCAACGGGCGGGCCGCGCGGGCCGUGUCCGACCCGGUGUGUGCUACCGCCUGUACCCAAAAGACACGUUCGAGUACGAGCUCCAGGCGCAGCCCGUGGCCGAGAUCCACCGUGCACCGCUCACGUCCCUUGCCCUGCAGCUGCACACGCUCGUGGGUCAGGAUGCGCCGUCGUUCUGGGCCGAUCUGCUCGAGUCGCCGGCCGACCAGGCGAUUUUGGAUGCGACGAACGAGCUCUCGCAGCUCGGCGCCGUCACGCCGCAACAAACGCUCACGGCGCUGGGCAAACACCUCGCCGCCUUGCCGCUCGACGUGCGCGUCGGGAAGCUCCUCCUCUUUGGCGCUAUCUUUCAGUGCCCGGGUCCGAUCGCGAUCAUCGCUGCGAUCUUGGAAACCAAGAGCCCGUUUGCAGUGCCCUUUGGAUCCGAGCGGGAUGCCAAGGCCAAGCGCGCGCUCUUUGAGAGUGCGAGCCAGAGCGACUUGCUAACCGACUUGGCGGCCUACGACGCGUGGCAGCGGUCGACGGACCGAGCUGGGUUUUGCCGUCGCAACUACCUGCACCCGGCGGCGCUCGAAGAGAUUCGCAAGCUCGCGGCGUCGUUCGAGCAGCUCCUUGUCCAACUCGAGUUUCUACCGCGCGACUAUGCGAAGCAGCAAGGACGCUCGAAUGGCUUGGCCAACGACGAGGCGGUGGUCGCUGCGGUCGUCGCGUCGGGCUUGUACCCGAACGUGGUCGACGUGCAGGUCGAUGCGACCAGUGGCGUGGUCCGGUUCUGGGAAAAGAAGAAGCAGGUGCAUUUGCAUCCGUCGAGCGUCAACCACGGCCGCAAGACGUUCUUGACGCCGUACCUUGGCUACCACAUCAAGCUCCAGACGUCGCGCGUCUACGUUCCGGUGAGCAGUAGCAUCACGCCGUAUGCGCUGGCCUUGUUUGGCGGCGCGGUCGACGUCGAUGUGUUGCAGCCAGCGCCGGCGCUGGUCGUGGAUGGAUGGCUGUCGAUUCCGGCUAGUGCCCGGACGGCGAUGCUCGUGCUUGAACUUCGAAAGUGUCUGGCCGACCUCCUCCAACGCAAAAUCGAUGCGCCGGGUUGCGACGAUGCGCUGGCCAAAGACGCGAUCGAGGCCAUGGCGCUGCUCUGGAAGAACGAACUCGAGCAAGUCACAUGCUCGUCCUAGAUGCUGACCAAAGCCAGUUGUGGAACACGUUGUAGCUAUAGUCGUGUGGAUGACCAAGGAUUCGCUUCGACGUGCGUACCGCCAAUGAUCUAUUAUCUAC